ACAUGUAUGAUGGAGCCAAAACGCGAGUGAGGACGGUUGGAGGUGACUCGGAACACUUUCCGGUCACGACGGGCCUGCACUAGGGGUCCGCGCUUAGCCCGUUUCUGUUUGCUGUGGCAAUGGACGCUCUGACAAGCCACAUUCAAGGAGAGGUACCGUGGUGCAUGUUGUUUGCAGAUGACAUUGUGCUUAUUGACGAGUCGCGGAGCGGUGUUAAUGCGAGACUGGAGGUUUGGCGACAGACUUUGGAGUCGAAGGGUUUCAAGUUGAGCAGGACUAAGACAGAGUACUUAGAGUGCAAGUUCAGUAAUGGGAGUCAACUAGAGGACGAGGACGUGCAGCAGGAUACUCAGGUCAUCCCGAAGAAAGAAAGUUUCAAGUACCUGGGGUCGAUCAUCCAAGGGACUGGCGAGAUUGAUGACGAUGUCACACAUCGUAUUGGAGCGAGAUGGAUGAAAUGGAAGCUUGCAUCGGGGGUGUUGUGUGAUAAGAAGGUGCCGCCUAUUCUGAAGGGAAAGUUCUACAAAGCGGUGGUUAGACCGGCUAUGUUGUAUGGGACGGAAUGCUGGCCAGUUAAGAAAGCGCAUGUCCAAAAGAUGAAGGUAGCUGAGAUGCGGAUGCUGAGAUAGAUGUGCGGGCAUACCAGGAGAGAUAGGAUUCGGAAUGAAGUGAUUCGGGAUAAGGUGGGUGUGGCCCCUGUGGUGGAUAAGAUGCGGGAAGGGAGGUUAAGGUGGUUCGGCCACGUGCAGCGGAGAUGCGCUGAUGCGCUAGUGAGGAGGUGUGA